AUGGCGGUUUCAAGUGCCUUCGUUGGUUGCCCAAAGCUUGAGACUUUAUUGAAUCACCAUACUCUGUCUUCUUCUUCUUCUUCGUCUUCUACCUCGCAGACGCCAUUGGCUCUCAAUGGUAUUCGUGUUCUUCAGAGGAACAAUAGAAUUAGAAGAGGUCUGAUCCAGAGAGCUCGUUGUGAGCUUUCUCCGUCUGAUUCUUCGCCUAAUGCAGCUAGCAUCUCAGCUCUCGAACAACUCAAGAACUCUGCAGCUGAUAGAUAUACAAAGGAAAGAAGCAGCAUUGUGGUGAUUGGACUUAGUAUUCACACAGCUCCUGUUGAGAUGCGUGAGAAGCUUGCUAUUCCAGAAGCUGAAUGGCCUCGAGCUAUCGGCGAAUUGUGCGGUUUGAAUCAUAUCGAAGAAGCUGCUGUUCUCAGUACCUGCAACCGUAUGGAGAUCUAUGUUUUAGCGUUAUCUCAGCACCGUGGAGUCAAAGAAGUCACCGAGUGGAUGUCAAAGACGAGUGGGAUUCCGGUUUCAGAGAUUUGUCAGCACCGUUUCUUGUUGUACAACAAGGACGCGACGCAGCACAUAUUCGAAGUUUCAGCUGGUCUUGACUCUCUGGUCCUAGGAGAAGGUCAGAUCCUUGCACAGGUGAAACAAGUGGUGAAAGUUGGCCAAGGAGUGAAUGGAUUCGGGAGGAACAUCAGCGGGCUGUUCAAACACGCCAUAACAGUCGGGAAGCGAGUCAGAACAGAGACGAACAUCGCUGCUGGAGCUGUCUCCGUUAGCUCAGCGGCUGUUGAGCUUGCUCUGAUGAAGCUCCCUGAGUCUUCUUCAUCUGCUUCCGCUAGGAUGUUGAUCAUCGGUGCAGGGAAAAUGGGGAAGCUUGUGAUUAAGCAUUUGGUAGCUAAAGGUUGCACAAAGAUGGUGGUGGUUAAUAGAAGCGAAGAGAGAGUUACAGCUAUCCGAGAGGAGAUCCCUGGUGUUGAGAUUGUAUAUCGUCCUCUUGAUGAGAUGUUAGCUUCUGCUGCGGAUGCUGAUGUUGUUUUCACUAGCACAGCCUCUGAGACGCCGUUGUUCUUGAAGGAGCAUGCAGAGAGUCUUCCUCCGGUUUGUCUUGAGGUUGGAGGGAAGAGGCUUUUCGUCGACAUCUCUGUUCCGAGGAACGUUGGUUCUUGUGUCAAUGAAGUAGAAACCGCAAGGGUUUACAAUGUUGAUGACCUUAAAGAAGUUGUUGCUGCAAACAAAGAAGACAGGUUGAGGAAAGCAAUGGAAGCUCAGACGAUAAUAGCAGAGGAAUCAAACCAGUUUGAGGCGUGGAGGGAUUCGUUAGAGACUGUUCCAACGAUCAAGAAACUAAGAGCGUACGCAGAGAGGAUCAGAAUGGCAGAGCUAGAGAAGUGCUUGUCGAAAAUGGGAGAUGAUGUCAACAAGAAGACGACGAGAGCUGUUGAUGACUUGAGCAGAGGUAUUGUGAACAGAUUCUUACAUGGUCCAAUGCAGCAUUUGAGAUGUGACGGGAGUGAUAGUAGAACGCUGAGCGAGACACUGGAGAAUAUGCAUGCUUUGAACAGAAUGUAUGGUCUUGAGAAGGAUAUAUUGGAGGAAAAGCUUAAGGCAAUGACGGGACAACAAAAGUAA